CCCAGCGCGACUCACUCGGGCCUGCUGUCCUCCUCCAUCUGUCUCCCUCUGCCCAGGUCAUUCAGUGUGCCGCGAACGCGUGCAGCGUCUUCGCGGCGCAUCCCAGCUUUUGCCUUCAACACUCCCCACUACACUACCAGUGCAGCGCGCUCACACGCGUCAAGUCAACUGUUACACAGGCCAGGAGUUUCCAGUCGACAUCAGAAUACAAUUCACCAGAACCGUGCGUUCCGACAACCUAUGGCUCGCCAUCUCCGAACGGACAGCGGUUCCUUACCACGCCGGGUAGACAGCCUCAUCGCCACUAAAGCUCCCAUCUUCACAGACAUCGAAGAUGAGUUGCGGGAUAUCAAGCGUGUUCACUCGCAGGGUCAGGAGGAGGAUCUCAAGAUGGCACUGAGCCGGAUGAUUGGCAGGGUGGAAGAGCUCACGUCUAUGCUGAAGGAAGCAUACAAGGCGCAGACCGACCUGCAGACGGAGCUCACGCUCGCCAAGUCCAACCUCCAGCUCGCCCUCGCGAACAAUGAGAUGCUCGAGGACGCGCUGAAGCGGGGAGGUCACGUCAAGGAUGUAGGCUGGCGACGAGCAAGCGCGCGCGAGAGGGAACUCCAAGCAGUCGAGGAAGAUCGGAGACGAAGCGUGGACAGCACCACGUCCAGCGACGCUGCACUGUCCCCUGUGGUCGCUCCACCAUCCCCCGCCAUUCCAUCAUCCUCAAGACCGUCCUCUCCCAAGCCGCCCAAUGCUACCUCGCCCUUGCCGUCAUCAGAGGGCCGCUUCUUCAGGUUUCGCUUUAGCAGUGGCAGCGUAUCGACGACUGCCUUGCCGUCUUCACCGCGAGUUGCCGGCCCCACCAACGGCCAUUCACCUCUGACGAACGGCACUGCGCAAGCAUCGCACCUGACGUCCGCUUCAUUACCCUCUCUCGUGGCUGCGCCAGAUCGGCAAAAGGAGAUCGACGAGCUGACCGCUCAGCUCAAGCGGGAACGGGAAGGACGCCAGGCGGCGGUCGCACAGAAGGAGGCUGUAGAGUCGGAGCUGGAGUCCCUCUCACAGGCUCUCUUUGAGGAGGCCAACAAGAUGGUGUCGACGGAGCGCAGAAAGCUCGCAGAGACGGUAGACGAGCUGAAGGAACUGCAGGCAGAGCGUGAGGCGCUGCGCAACGCGCUCCGUUUGGUCGAGUCCCAGUCCCGCUCCUCGCAGAAUGCAACACCGGCGGGCUCGCCGAGACAAAGCCACACCCACACGCUCUCCGCGUCAUCCGCGCGUGCGAUCAAGUCCCCGCCAUCAACGAGACCAAGCUCGCCGGGCGUGGACGAAGACCCUACUUCCGCCGGUACAAUCGUCUCGUCCUACGGGCACAAACCACCACCCAUCACCAUCGUCGAACCGGCCUCACCUGCACCACCACCGUCGACGCCUGCAGAGACGAGUGGUGAAGACAGUCGAGAGGCGACACUCGUCGCGCCGUCAUCGUCCUUAUCAGCGGGGCCAUCGCCGUCGCAGUCACCGUCGCAGUCACUGUCGCCGACGCCGUCGCAGUCGCCGAAACCGUCACCAAUGUCAGACACCUCGGAAGGUAACGACUACGCGUUCCCCGCCCGGAUGCGUCCGCUGGACUUCCUACCGCGUGAGAUGUCGCCGUGGGCGGAUGCGACGUCAGUAUAUUCGUCGACGACCGGCUCGUGAGCCUCGCGUCGUCCAAUUUUUGUUUCCUAUCGCAUCGGGUCUUAUGGACGCAUUCCGCUGUGCUUUCCCCUAAUUACUCGCUCGCGCUCACAAUGCCAUCUC